GAGGACAAGGCCGGUGAGAUGUCUUGUGGCUCACCAUGCAGAACCAUCACGCUGGACUGGUGCUAUCUCACCCAUCUAUCAAUCUUGCCCUAGUUUUGAUCCCAAAGAAACUCAGCCCUCUGAGUCCAGAGCUUUGAAGACAACGGAUAUAACUAUCAGUUCUCCUUUCCUCCUAAGAACUUUCUCAACCUCUGUAGUCACUGGAGCGCCAUUUCUAUGCUGGCCGACACUUCACUCAGACUAUCUCAGACAAGCCAUGAACGCAGGCGUCACAGGUUAACGCUCGAUGCAAAGAAAGUGCUGACCCUUUGGACCCUGAUAGGUGGUGCUGUUGCUGUUCUCCUUUGGGGGUUGUACAGUUUUCCUAGAAAAUAUACAGUUACAAGACUAUCCAGAAACAAGACAUGCGACGAUGAAGUGAGGCUAUGCAUUGGUGGCUGGAACAAACUACGUCGGAACUGUUUCUCUCGUGCCGAACAUAAAAAUUCAUGGUCCACUGCCAAGGAGAACUGCAAACUCCAUGGUGCAACUCUGGCUUUGUUCAACGACAACACGGAAUUGGAAAUUUUACUGAAGCAAAUGCAUGAGAUGCAAACAUAUUGGAUUGGACUGCACAGAAAAAAUACACUCGGAAUCUGGUUUUGGACAAAUGGAAGUAAAUACAAUGAUUUAUAUGAAAUCCAAGAUCAUGGUCAGUGUGCCUUUAUUCAUCAAUAUGGCAUUGACAGUACCCAUUGUGAUGAAUUAAAAGACUAUAUUUGUACCAGAGAAGGCCGGUGCGUAUGAAGAUUUCUUCCAUCCGAAAGAACAUGAAGAGCACUGUCUUGUUUUGUCCAUGAUGUGUAUUCCUUCCCAUUGACAUCACUUUAAAUUUAAUUUGACUGAUAAACAUUUACAUGAAUUUUAUCUUCUUUGAAAUAGUAUGAAGCCUAGCAAAUAAGUUUGAUGUAGUACUUCUGGGUCAUGGAGGCUGGUACAUUUGAAGCUUUGGCCAUGAAGGGCCUUGCUUAGAAGUGAUCCAUCUCAGUGGAGCACACUGGAGGGCAUACAGAAUAAAGAGGUAGAUCCCUCUGCUUGUCUAAGAUUCAGUGACAUCUUCAGAAAAGCAAAACAAGAGCUGCAGGACAGGGUGAGCAUAAGAUAAGUUUUGUUUGCCCUCAAAUAAUACACAAUUUGUGUGGAACUAUGAAGGAAGGCAUAAGGGGAAAACUAUUCUGAUCUAGGACCCUGUGCCACCACUGAGGACCAAGCAACUCUCCACAGGUCUCUGCCAAACUGAAAGACUCAAGAUAAUCUGGAAUUGUUGUUGCCAUAGUUGGUGAAAGAGUGAAGGAUGCAAGUUUUGUGAUGAGUCAGGAUGAACAGAACAUCAGCACCCGGAGAGAGAGAGGAAUAUGAAGGAAGAAGCUUUGUGACCUUGAAGAAUCUAUAGAUAAGCCUAAAUCCUGAAUGUUGUUUCACUCAGAUUCUGGAUAACACUGAAAUUAUCUUGGAGAGAGGGAGGUACAGACAUUUACCCUGGCCAUCAUUAAAAAAAUCUCUUCAACUAC